CCCGCCGCUGUCAGCCGCAGUUGCCGUCGGUCCCCGCUCCUCACCAUCUUGGCAAAAAUGUCCAAACCCACAGAGACUGAGCGAUGCAUCGAGUCCCUGAUUGCCGUUUUCCAAAAGUACAGUGGGAAGGAUGGGAACAGCUGCCAACUCUCCAAAACCGAGUUCCUCACCUUCAUGAACACGGAGCUGGCCGCCUUCACGAAGAACCAGAAGGACCCUGGUGUCCUGGACCGCAUGAUGAAGAAGCUGGAUCUCAACAGUGAUGGGCAACUAGACUUCCAAGAGUUUCUCAACCUCAUUGGUGGCUUAGCCGUAGCAUGCCAUGAUUCCUUCCUCAAGAGUACCCAGAAGCGUUUCUAACCUUCCCAUUUCCCUUCCAGCCACCAAGUCAUCACAUCCUCCCCCACCACACCUGCACUGAGCCCACCACAUCCGACAUAACACCCAGCCUGUUCCUGCUAGCAGAAAUAAAACAAUGUCAUUUUUUUAAUGUAAAAAAAAAAA